CCGGUCCAAUCAGAGGAAAACAUUAUAGUGCAUGAGCGCACGAGACGUUUCCUGAAGCAUUGCGGAAGAGAGUAAGCGCCGCGAAUUCUUGAAAGUGUAGCUGGGCACCGUUGAUACUGCAUCAUGUCUUGUGCGCUUCUACUGUUGUUGAUGAGCUUGGCUUUGGCGAUGGGCACUGGCGCAGCGGUGGAGAUCCAGCGUCCACGCGGAGUACCACUAUCAAAGCGACAGUUCUAUGAGGAGAACAAGCCCUUUACCUGUUUGGAUGGCUCCAGCACCAUCCCCUUUGACCGGGUCAACGAUGACUACUGCGACUGCAGGGAUGGCUCGGAUGAACCAGGUACUGCUGCCUGCCCCAACGGCAGCUUCCACUGCACCAACGCUGGCUUCAGACCCACCUUCAUCCCUUCCUCCCGGAUCAACGACGGCAUCUGUGACUGCUGUGACACGACAGACGAGUACAACAGUGGUGCCACUUGUCAAAACACCUGCAGGGAGAUGGGACGCAAGGAGAGGGAGAGUCUGCAGAUAAUGGCUGAGAUCACCAAAGAAGGCUUUCUGCUCAAACAACAACUGAUACAUGAAGCUAAAAGGGGACAGGAGGACAAACAGGGCAAGUUGACUGAGCUGCAGGGUAGUAAGAAGGGUCUGGAGGAGAAGGUGGAGGCUCUGAGGACUGUGAAAGAAACAGCGGAGGAUCCAGAGAAAGAGGCUAAAGAGCGCCACCUGAAGGCUUGGGAGGAACAAAAAGAACUCAUCCGUAUGGAGAAGGACAAAACUAGAAUGGCUGAGGCUUUUCUGGAGCUGGAUGAUGACGCAGAUGGCUAUGUUUCUGUGGCUGAGCUGCAGUCCCAUCUUGAGCUGGAUCCAGACUCCGAUGGCUCUCUGUCAGAAACAGAGACUCAGGGAUUGCUGGGAGGAGCAGGCAAAGUGGAUACGUCAACAUUUGAAACUGUGUGGAGCGGCAUCAAAGACAAGUACCUGUCAGAGGGCCUGUCGGACCCCCCUGCCCCAGUGGAGACCCCCCAGGAGGAGGAGUCCAGGGACUUUGUCUCUGACCAUGACACUGACCAAUACCCUGAGGAUUACGCUGGAGAGGAGGAAGAUGUGGAGGAUGAUGAGGAAGAUGAUGAUCACGAGGAGGAGGCGGAAGAGAAGGUCCCUCCCACCGUGCAGACCCCAGAGAAAAGAGAGGACGAUGAGUUGUCCAUGCCACCGUACGACACAGAGACCCAGAGCCUUAUUGAUGCUGCCCAGAAAGCCAGGGAUGAUUUUGAUGAAGCUGAGAGGGCUCUCCGGGAAGUGGAUGAUCAAAUGAAGAACCUUGAGAAGGAGAUUGGCUUUGACUUUGGGCCAAGUGCAGAAUUUGCAUACCUCUACAGCCAGUGCUACGAAUUAUCCACAAGCGAGUACAUCUACAGGCUGUGUCCAUUCAAUAGGGUCUCCCAGAAACCUAAGUUUGGGGGAUCAGAGACCAACCUUGGCUUGUGGGGACAAUGGGCUGGUCCUGAAGAGAAUUUCUACUCUGUGAUGAAGUAUGACCAUGGGCAGGGGUGCUGGCAGGGCCCCAACAGGUCCACCACAGUGAAGCUGACGUGUGGGAAGGAGACGGUGGUGACGUCCACAUCAGAGCCCAGUCGCUGUGAGUACCUCAUGGAGUUCACCUCCCCCGCCGUGUGCCAGGAGCCAGCCAGUCUGGAUGAAGUACUGCACGGACACACAGAGCUGUAGUGCUCCCCACCAACAGGUAGCUAGCUACAAGCCAGGCCCAUUGGACUUAUAGAGCAGUGGAGUACUUUAUAAUUACAUGUGGAUAUCAACUUUUUAUAAGUACUCAACAUCUUAGGGCUAGCACGGUAAUUGUUUAAUCAUGUACCCUAUAAUUAUGGCCAACAACCCCUGGGGGGAGAAGUUACCUUCAUAAUUGUUUUAAUAUAUUCAUAUUUUUAACAUGUUGUCUUUCAAUCAUCACUCUACUCUGCAUGUCUGAUUUGAGCUUGGCUCUCACUAGCUAACUUAAUCAUUAUAUCAACUGUUGGCUCCAGCCCACAUAGUUGUAUUUGUGCAGGAUCUUCAAAAAGAUCUGACAUAUAUGGCAUUCAAGUCCACCUAGUAGGACGAGCCAAUCUAGAUAAUACUUACGUCCCUCAUCGGGUCGAGUAGCUUAAUUAAAACAGUGCAAAUAAGUGUCGGUCGUCAUUGUUAAAUAAGAAUUUGUCUUUUUUUGACUUGUCUAGUUAAUUUAUUUUGCAUUUUAAAUGUAACCUUUAAGUGCUAACUAGCUAGCAACUGUACACAAGGCAAGGAGGCACAAGCAAGCGGGAAAAUGAGAAGACAUUGAAACAGAUGUUAACAGGACAGAGGAAGACAUGCAUUGUGCAACGAGCCAGUCUUUUCUUGGUAGGACAUCCUUGCACAUGUAUUUGAUCAUUUUUACAUAAAGGGGCAAGUUGGCAAUUUUACAAUGGCGAAAGCAAACAAUUUAUGAGAAGGCACUGUGCUACGUUUCCAAUCGAUCAGAACUUUUGUUUCUGAGGAUUUCUUAUCAAUUCUGCUUGAAAAUAACAGUAAUUUCUCUCUCAGGUUUCUUUAUGGACUACAUGCUAGCCUCCAACCCUUCUCUGCAACAACCAGCUGCUGCACUCUGGCUUCACAAACUGGACGAUUCAAAAUGGUUGCUUGUUCUUUACUCCUACUUGUUUGUUUUCUUUAACUUGUUUGUCUAGGGUUAGUGUUUCAAUUAGAUUUAAAAAAGUUGUCAUUCCAUUUUUUUUUUUUUUUUUUUUUUAAUGAAUUUGAGUAUGCUGAAUUGUUUUCUCCAAUGGUCUACUUUGCCAAUCAAUGAGUUGUACUGUAUCUAAGCAGGAUAGUCAGUAUAUUAACUGUGCUCCAUUGGCUCCAAUACUACAGUAGAUUAUGCCAAUGAUGUGCAUUAUGACGAUGGUGGGCAGUUUGUCUUAUGCGCAUCAAUGGUUUUGCAUUUUUACCCUCUGGAAAUGACCACACUCAAUGUCAUCUUGUAAAAACAACAUGGGUCAUUCAGAUAUGUAACCUUUAUUUUUUUUCUGGCAUGUAAAGUACAAAUAAUUAAACAAUUCCAUGAAAAAGUC